AUGGAGCAUCAAGUUUGCAGGAAAGAAAUCUUGAAUUUGUUAUAUGUGCUUCUUAUUUCGUUGUUUCUAGUUAGUUGCAGGGCUGAUCCUUUGGGGAAUUUUUGCAACCAAAACACCAACAUAAGCAGCAGUAGCCAGAUUUCUGUAAACAUCGAUCGCUUGUUAGCCGAAGUGGUCUCGAAAACUGCCUUAACAGGCUAUAUCGAAGCUUUCUCGGGCAAGGGUUCUGACAAAGUCUAUGGUCUUGCUCAAUGCAGAGGAGAUGUUAGCAGCAAAGAUUGUUCGAGUUGCAUACAAGAUGCAGCGAAGCAAAUACGCCAACGCUGUCCGAAUCAAGCCGAUGCAAGGAUUUGGUACGACUAUUGCUUUCUAAGGUACAGCCAAGACGAUUUCGUUGGAAAAGUUGACACCUCGUUCGGCAUAUUUUACUUCAAUGUUGAAAAUGUCUCGGACCCACAAAGUUUCAACAAAGAACUUGGAGCUCUGAUGGAUAAAAUUAGAUCGGAAGCUGUCAUGCCAAAGAAUAAAGGACUCGGAAAAGGUAAAACCGGAUCGUCACCGUUUGUGACCCUUUAUGCAUUGGUGCAGUGCACAAGGGACCUGCCUCAGAUAGAUUGUGCACAAUGCCUGGCGAUUGCUGUCGGAAAUUUCCCCAACUUCUGUAACGACAGGAAAGGUUGUCAGGUCCUAUACAGUAGUUGUUAUAUCCGGUAUGAGCUCUAUCCAUUUUUCUUCCCACUAGAUUCAAACAAUGGCACCUCAGUUGGCGAAAAGAAGGUCAUAGUUCGCCAUUAGAUUUUGAAAUCCUGGUGUGAUAUGCCAAAAUCAGUUUGUUUCAAGGAUUAGUUUCUUUUCAUUUAAUAAACUGUGUAAUUGGGAUCAAAUAAGAGUGAUGUUUAGCUAUACAUUAUGAUAUUUCUUGAAUGUUGCAUUUAGUAUAUCUGUAUACACAAU